UUCCCAUGUAACCGUCCGGAGCGAGUUCCGCCGGCGGGAAAUUGUUACAUCUAAAUCGGAAACGAAAAUCAAGUUCCGAUAAUUGGACAAGAACACAUAUCAAAUAAGUUCUAGAUAUAAAAUUUUUAUAUUGGACACUUUGGAAAUUGUUCACCAAAUGCAGGGAAUGAAGCAACAAGAUUACUACCGAGCCUGCAGUUUUCCGGCGUUUUCAGGAAUGGUAUUUCCGGAUCCUGCUUAUGGAAAGAGUGCCUGGUCGCCACAGUCCAGUCCCGCCAGCCCAGCCUAUCCACACCCGGGGACGCUGUCGGCUAUUGGUAAGCCCGGAUUUGACGGGGGACCCCACUCUCACUGGCGACCUCAGGGAAGUGGUCAGAUCCAGUUGUGGCAGUUUCUUCUGGAGCUCCUCUCUGACAGCAGUAACUCGAACUACAUCACGUGGGAGGGAACCAACGGGGAGUUCAAACUCGUGGACCCGGAUGAGGUUGCCCGUCGGUGGGGCGAGCGAAAGUCCAAACCUAACAUGAACUACGAUAAACUCAGUCGUGCUCUCCGAUACUAUUAUGAUAAAAACAUAAUGACUAAAGUGCACGGGAAACGGUACGCCUAUAAGUUUGAUUUCGCGGGUUUGGCCCAGGCCAUGCAGCCCGCUGCCGAUCCGACAGCCUAUAAAUAUCAACAGGACUUUUUCAUGCCUGCCUAUCACCCUAGUUCUAAAUUCAAUUUCAUGAAUGCUCAUUCUCCAAUGCCACCCACUACGGGUAUAUUCGGAAGUCACUCAGGUUAUUGGUCACAGACAAAUCAUUCCAUGUAUCCGAACAUUCCAAACCAUCACAUGACCCAUCCUAGCCAUAUGACGUCACAUCUUGGGUCCUACUAUACGUGAUCAAAUAAAAAGGAUCUUAUCUGGAAAACAUUGAGUGUUAAUUUUUUAAGCACGUAUAUUUUGUGCUUUACUGAGAAAUGAGAUUUCUUCUUGUGAUUCAUCUGAGUGAUGAAUUGUGGGAGUUGGAACGUAGCAUUUCUACAUUUUCUUGAGCAGUUUCUAGCUUCGAAUUCGAUUGCAAGGAAAGCCAAGACGGUGUUUUAGUCUUCCGGAAGAAGGCAUUGAUGGGUUGUUGCCAUAAAUCAGAAUUUCAGAAAUGCCAACAUCCUCUAAUAGAUUUUGAUAUAGGAAUGUUGUAAUGGAGUUUCGUAUUAAGCACAGGGCUGCUGGCAAGACUUUGGGAUGUUUCGGAAGUCAUUUUCAGCCCAAGUUUUCUCGGGACAUUCAUCGGAAGGAAAUGUACUUCACAAUUGGAUUCGCCGAUAAUUUCUUCCUUCAUGAUAAAGUUUGAUGCGGUGAUAGGAUUCUUGACAGCAACAAAAUUGGAUUUGGCAGAAGCAAAAGGGAAAAGAAGACAAUAUUGACUUUGUCGGUUUAUGUGACCAGACUAUGGAGAGAUUUUGAUUGCAGUCUUGAUCUAAGUGCCUUGAAUUAGAUUUCUAGAUAGAAAGAGAAAACAUUUAAAGGCGGCAAGUGACGAUGGAAGACCUGCAUUGGAGCUAAUCUUUUGUGAUGGACGUUGCUCGAUUGACUCCAUCUUUGGUACUAAACGGUCCCUUCGGAUUGUGUAUUGAUUAUGGCGUCUUGUUAUCGUGACAAUAAACUUGUUUUCAAAGACAAGUAUGCAUAUUAAUGAAUACUUUUCACCAAUGGAGGCCGAGGCAAAUAUUUAAUGAUGAUAGCCAUUAUUAGACCAACGAUCCCUUCUCAUCCGUCACCUGCAGAUGAUCGACUUGAUUGCUGAAAAAGCAGACGACCGUUUCAAGAUGGCUAAUAAUAUUGCUGCCAAAAUUGGCAAUAAUGAUGAAAUGUAAAUAUAUUCCUAACCCUUAAUGUAUAAGGCAAUGGGUGCUUAAUUUUCUGUUAUUUAAUGCGCGCGUGCGCUGCACACGCGUUUUUGAGAGGAUUUAGACAUCCAAGGAAAUGUAUUUAUUCAAAUAACCAUGCGUAAUGUCACAUUGAAAUGUAACUGAAUUUGAUUCGAAAAAUCAAUUAAAAGUUCUUUAUUUCAUUAUUCUUAUCCCUGCUCAGCAAUACAUUUAAUUCGUGAGACGCCGAACACUGAAUGAAAGCAAAUUGUAUAAUUUUGACUUAAUUCGCAUGGGAAAAUUCUGUAAAGGGAUAUUUUUUUUGAAAAGAAAGGGAUUUAGCACGUGUUCCUCAAUUUAUUCGAUUUCAAUAAUAAUGACGAGAAUAUCGACUAAGAAAUAUCUUUCUUCAUUUUGUUUUUAUUUAUUUUAUUUCAAUGUUAUUUUUACACAUAUUUACAUA